AUGCCGGCCCGUCUUUCGAUCCAGCGACCCUCGCCGACAACUGUCCUGUUCAAUGUUUCUAACGUGCCCUACCGGUCAACCAUCGCUUCGAAGCUUCUCUUUUGCCUUGAAGUCCUGUUGCGCGUCUUCAUAUUCUCCACCGUCUUACUAAUUGAUGCUGCAAAGCUUCGAACUUAUGCAUUUUAUCGUGACGGAACUGUGCCAUGGACCAAAGUCUGGUCAAGCUCCGUGGGCAUGCUUGCCUGCCAGAUAGCAGAUCGCCACCUGUGGCAGGUGAUUGCGCCGGCUAGCGCCGUGUUGCUAUACUUGAUGGUUAGGAAAGGGUACACCGAGGAAUCGCUCCUUGUCAUACGUGGUCUUGGAGUACAGACGUCGUCCUCCGCUGCCACAUACUUCAUGAGUGCCACCACGCGGUUUAUUCCGACCGCCCAAGUACAAGACAUAGUUAUCCAUGAGGCAUUUAGGAACUUUGAGGUCCGUUUCUAUCUGGUUAUAAUCGUGGAAGGCGAGUCAGAAGCAAUUGUGGUUUUCCCGAAACUCCUACCCCGGCGCAAUAUACUAGAAGAUGCUUGGAAGGGAACUCGCAAAUGCCUUUAUGAGCCUAGCUCGUAA